UGUCUCUUUCUGCAGCUACAACGCAAGCAAUCGUGAAUAUUGAUAAUAAAGUUGAAAUAAACAAAAUCCAGGUUAAGCUGGGAUUGCGUGGAGAUGGUGGAGCUACAGAUAAGAAAACGCAACGCUUGCGUCAUAGUACUGGGCGACAUUGGACGCAGUCCACGUAUGCAAUACCAUGCCCAGAGUCUACUUGAAGACAACUACAAUGUGGACAUAAUUGGUUACCUGGAGACGCGUCCGCUGGAGUCGCUGACGGUGGCACAGCCCAAUUGCAAAAUACACGAGUUGCCUGCAGUGCCGGUGACCAAUCUAACGCCCAAGCUAAAACUACUCUUCAAGGCGAUAUGGCAAACACUGAGUCUGCUUAUAGCGCUCAUAUCUAUAAGGCGCCCCAAUUUUCUGCUUGUACAAAAUCCUCCCGGCAUACCAACUCUAGUCGUCUGCUAUCUAUACUGUGCGGUCACACGCACCAAGCUGGCCAUCGAUUGGCAUAAUUAUACAUACUCAGUGCUGGCGCUUGGCAUGCCGGGCGGCGAGAAGAGUCGUCUAAGUCGCCUGACCAAGCUUCUGGAGCGUUACUUUGGCGCCAAAGCACACACUCACUUUUGUGUCACAAGCGCCAUGAAGGAGGAUCUGCAACGUAAUUGGAACAUAGGACCAGUUACAGUGUUGUAUGAUCGUGCGCCCUCACAGUUUCAUCCCAUAGAGCUGGCGCAGAAGCAUGAGCUGUACAUGAAGCUAUCCAAAGAUUACCCACAGUUUAUGCCACAGUGCUACGCGGAUCUUAAACAGUCUGGCAUGCUGGAGACAACGGCGCUAACUCAAAAGCUGGCCAAUGGUACGGUGCUCUACAAGCCACAGCGUCCAGCUAUACUUGUCUCCAGCACUAGCUGGACGCCAGAUGAAGACUUUGGCAUACUUCUUCAGGCUUUGGAAUCAUAUGAGAAUGUUGCCGUUGAUGAGCCACAAGUCUAUCCGCCACUGUUGUGCAUUAUCACAGGCAAGGGACCGCAAAAGGCGCAGUAUGAGGCGCAGAUAGCCAAGCUGCAGUGGCAAAAGGUGUCCAUAGUGACGCCUUGGCUGGAGGCCGAGGAUUAUCCCAGUGUGCUGGCCAGCGCGGAUCUGGGAGUCUGCCUGCACUGGAGCACUAGUGGCUUGGAUCUUCCCAUGAAGGUGGUAGACAUGUUUGGCAGUGGUCUACCCGUCUGUGCCUACAACUUUAAAUGCCUCAAGGAGCUAGUCAAGCAUGGCGAGAAUGGUUUCGUGUUUAGCGAUCAUUUAGAGUUGGCUGAGCAGCUGCGUCUGUGGUUUGAAAAUUUUCCCAAUAACCCAAGCAUUUUGGAGACACGAGCUCGCUUUACGCGCACUCUGCAAGAAUUCCAGGAGCUGCGCUGGCGUGAAAACUGGCAGCAGCGCGCUGCUCCAGUCUUGCAGGCAUUAAUUUAAGCAUUUGUAUGAAUAAAGAAAAUCUAGGCAACUCCUUUAUUGUUCCAAACGAUGAUCGUGUAACGAACGCUUUUA